AUGUCACAACCUGAUGGUACCCUCGAAGGCUUCAUAACAUCCAAAAAGCCCCAACCAGAGCCAUUGGCGACUUCUCAAGAAGUCCGUGACCGGGGUUCCAUCUUCGUCGGGAACAUCUACCGCGCUACGACCCCGGACGAGGCGCAGACUCGCGUCAGGCACCUCAAGCAUUUUGUGCACCGGUCUCGUAAGGCCACACAUGAGAUUGCUGCAUGGAGGUGUAUGGUUCUCAAGCCUGGGCGAACCGGACUGGAUGGGCCAGAUGACUUUGAACUCAAGCAGGGGAGCAAGGACGAUGGUGAGAGUUGGGCAGGCGGGAAGGUGCUCAAGGUCAUGCAGAAUAUGGCUGUAAUUGAUGCGGUGGUCAUUGUCAGUCGAUGGUACGGUGGAACUAUGUUAGGCCCUGCUCGAUUUGCCCAUAUUGAAACAUGCGCUGAGGAGGUAUGCAAGGCGUUCAAACGUACCGAAGAGCUGCAGGAUCAUCUCACAACUCUGCGUACACUCGACGAUAUUCUGUCAGACCUACGCAACCAAUUAUCUACUCUAAACCCAGAGCCACCUUCUGACUCACUUUCCAACCCAGAAUCGACCCCAGAUCCUCCAGAUCCAUCUCCUUCAAAGGAUCAGAACUCAAGGAAACCCGAUUACGGGGGACUGGAUGUCACGAAGGCCAAACGGCUAAUCCAGGCUAGAGAAAGCUCGAUCAAGAGCGUUAGGGCACUCAUCGCAAAAAAGUCAGAGAAAAUCUAG